UUUUAUUUGCCAAUAAUAUAUCUGUCCAUCCAUCCAUUUUCUUCACCGCUUAUCCUCACGAGGGUCGCAGAGGAGCUUAUCCCAGCUGUCAACGGGCUGGAGGCGAGGUACACUCUGAACUGGUUGCCAGCAAAUCACACUUUGGAAUGUGGGAUGAAACUGGAGUGGGGAGAACAUGCAAAACUCCACACAGGCGGGUCUGGGAUUGAAUCCAGAACCUCAGAACUGUGAGGCCAACGCUUUACCAACUGAUCCACCCUGCCGCCCCAAAAAUCUAAUCAAUUUUUUUUUUGUUUGUUUCUUCACUUUCUUGUGCAGAGAAUAUGAAAAGGGGAUGUGACCUUUCAAUAUACUGAAAGCAAUUUCGCAUAAAGCUUUUAUCAGACUUUGGGGGUUGGGUGACAAGAUGUGUUUAUAUUUUUUGGACUUGGCGUGAUACAGAGCUUUGAGUAGCGGGCCGUUUCUUUUUCAAAGCGUAGACACGUUUUUAGAUAUAUAGACAGUAGGGCAGUGAUCCGGAAGUACACCGGUCCUCAAAAGAAAUUGUUCUGGGAAUUGGGAUUUAAAUCAACUAGUAAAUACCCGUGGGGCUCUCUCGUGGCGUCUUCGAAACUCUCUAAAAGUACUUUUUCUUUGUAGGUGUGUUAGCAGCGUGACGCUCAUUUGUAUAUGAUGGCUAUACUGUGUAAACAUUCUCACCACCUCAGUAUGAUGAGAAGCUUGAAAAAUGAGGUCAUCGAGGAUAAUCAGAUGACUUUGCCGGACUGGAAACAGAUUUUCAUUCCUCAAAAGACUUGGGGAGGCCGUCUAUGAAUUUUAUGUUUUUAAUCAGCUGUUCUUCAUACAUGGGUUGAAAAGAAUUAUAAAUCCAAACAAUGUUGUCAGGUACACUUUUCAUGACAUGUUUACAAUUUUCCAAAACACAUUUUAUAUAGUAUGCUUUCCUGGGUCCGUACGACCUGAGGUUGGAAUGUAUGGAAUGUCCUCAGUGCUAAUAUUGGAGUUUUUUUCUUCAGAAUUUUAAUCUGAAUUCUGUUAUGAAGGAAACGUUUUUAUUUUUAGGUUAUAGUCGAAAAAAUUAUCGCACAUUGAUAGAUUCGCUGAAAAAAAAAAGAAAAACAAAGCGGAAACAGCCAAGGAGGAACGCGACGUCAGAACCGGUGACAACAAUGGCGAGCAUUGGGAUACAUUGUAAGAACGCCGAUGAAUUUUCCGAUAUUUUCAUUGUACAGCACUAUGGAUCUGCCUGUGCAAGUAUGAGAAACUAUUUGCAGCAUCAGGUAUGUCACCAAUUUGCGUAUACAAGGCUCGUUUAUUAUCGGACUAAAACAAGCAGAUGAUGAUACCGUAGUCCACAGUCAAAAUUGUUAUAUAUAUUCACUAAGGAUUUUAAUGAAAGGCAUCUGGACAAAAUGUUGCCACAUGAAUUUGAGAGCAAUAGCUGGUGAUAUCUUGCUUCACCAUAAAUAUAAUUUCACGUGGUAAACUGAUGCCAUAACUAGACAGUACCAGUCGCACAAUAGAGCUCGUGCACAUGAUGUCAGUUUGCACGGCACCAUAUUUGCUCAUUUCAGAACAAUGGGUAUUAAAAAAAAAACCCCGUCUGUCGCAGUGGUUUACGGAGGUUAAGUGUGGCUGCAAUCGCGUCCGUGUACGUUCCGUGGAGACUGUCACGUCCCAUCGGAAUGAGAGUAGGACCCAAAUGCAGGACUCGGAAGAUGCAAGGUAGUUCAAGGAGACACGUUUAUUAUAUGCAGAGGUAGGGGAUCAAGCAGGCAGUCCGGUGCAGCAGCGGUAGUUGGGACGUCGGGCGAAGAGAGCAGGUGAGCGGGCAGGCAGGAGUCGGUACACAGGAGAACAAUCAAAGCAGGCAGAAGUAACGAAGGAGUCAGGCUUACAAGGUUGGUCGGAGAACGGACGAAGGUUGGUACACACAGGUUCAAUCAGGGAUACCGGAGCACACGAACGGGACAUGAAGAUCAACGAACUGGCCCCGGCCAGUUGUCAUCGCGGUCAUAUAAAUCCACAGCAUAAUCAGGCUGCAUGAGGCGCAGGUGUGUACCUCCCAAUCAGCGCACCUGCGUGGGCACCCGCACAGCUCGUGCUGGAGCGGCAGAUCAUGACAGAGACGACUCUGUCAUCUUUUUUUUUUUUUCAGUCAUACUUAAUGAAUGUGAGUUUGUAUAAAACCUAAUCUAAUUUUUCAUCGUACCUUCGUUUAUUUUGAUCUUCUAAAUGUCUAAUGGAAUAGGACAAGACUCUGGGCGUCUUGCUAUAAGACAUAUUUUUGUGUGCGACUUGGCAUUUAACAAUGCUUUUCUAGACCGGCAAUAUGGUGACGUAGACAAAAGUCACAUGAUUUUGUGACAUAACGUCACCAAUUUCACUGCGCCAUAUUGCCGAUCAAAAAGAGCUGCUCGACAGUGUGGGGGACAUUGAACCGGAGCAGAAUAUACACAAUGCCCGAGACUUGUUGUGCUGUUGGUUGUUACAACAGACGAGACAGAUAUUCAAAGAGAUCACUCUAUGGAAUACCAGCUGAAAAGAUGGGAAAAGAUUGAUGGAUUAAACGUGAUGGAUGGUGCCCGACCAAAUACACACGACCACUUCUACUCUGUCAUAGGCUUUCUCUAGAUCCAUGAAGACACAAUGUAGUUCCUUCUGGCCUUCUCAAUAUAGCAGGGUGUUCAAAUACUUGUUUUCUUCACAGUAGCACAUUCUGGCAUUUUCAUUAGUUUUCCACUUGCAUCCUCAAGGCAAAUAAUGCAUCUGUGGUACUCUUUCUAGGCAUGAAACCACACUGUUGCUCGCAGAUACUUACUUCUGUCCUGAGUCUAGCCUCCACUACUCUUUCCCAUAACUUCAUUGUGUGGUUCAUCAACUUUAUUCCUCUAUAAUUCCCAUAGCUCCGAACAUUGCCUUUGUUCUUAAAAAAAGGGAACUUGAACACUUUUCCUCCAUUCUUCAGGCAUCUUUUCGGCCUCUAAUAUUCUGUUGAAUAAGUUGGUCAAAAAAUCCACAGCCAUCUCUCCAAAUUGCUUCCAUACCUCUACCGGUAUGUCAUCAGGACCAACUGCCUUUCCAUUUUUCAUCCUAUGUAGUGCCUUUCUGACUUCCCCCAAACUAAUCAUUGCCACUUCCUGGUCCUUCACACUUGCCUCUUCAACUCUUCCUUCCCUCUCAUUUUCUUCAUCAACUUUUCAAAGUAUUCUUUCCAUCUAUAGAAGACACUACUGGCACCAGUCAACACAUUUCCAUCUCUAUCCUUAAUCACCCUUACCUGCUGCACAUCCUUCCCAUCGCUAUCCCUCUGUCUGGCCAACCUGUAGAGAUCCUUUUCUCCUUCUUUCGUGUCCAACCUGGUGUAAUCGCUUUAUUUUCAAAAUCAUUUUCCAGGAAGUGACACGUCGUUACAAUGCGGAAAUAUACCACAUUUGUCUUGGUCGGGAAUGGUUCUUAAUUCUCUCUGAUGACGAAGACUGCGUGAUCCUUCAUCUGAAUCUUUUCCAACAUCUUCUUCUGAGGAUAUCAGAGCCGUAUCCAAGGGGGUUAAAUCAAUCUCCGGAUGUCACGUGCACCUGAUAUCAUAUAGAUGAGGGGAAAACGUGAUCUCAUUCAUAUAGAUAGUUUUCGACCAUGUGACCUCAUUCGGGUCAUGUGGCCAUGUUGGAUGGGUUCACUCGAUUGACACGCUGUUCAUUCUAUUGGUUUUGCAUAGAGUUACAAAAAUUUCCGUACGACUGUUAAAAGUGAUGCAUGAUGGCUAAAAAGAUUUUGGAAAGUUAUUGGGGCUCAUUCAAUAUUGUUUCAAGAAACUGUUACGAAAAAAAGUGCUUUGAUCGACAAUAUCGACCUGUAUGUCGGUAACCUAUGCAGACAUCGUCAACUAUCUCCUCUUCUCGACAAGCGGUUAUACCAUGGGUCAGCUAAAGAAUUACAAAGGUCUGGAGGCCUACAACCAAUUCAUCAAUGGCUGGGUUUGUGAUGCAGCGGUAUCCAUUGUUAGCAACCUGUGGUCCCACACUGCUAAGAAGAGUGUACCACACAAUGCAAUUUAAAUGUGUAGGCUGAGGCUACUUCAAUUCUGAGUGAAUGCUGUCGAAAGUAUUCAUUGCGUGAUUACAGUCAGCAUUGUGUUAAAUUAUUUUGAGUAUACCAAUGAAAGAGGUGUAGAUUAUUAUUUUAAUUUUUGCAAACGUGCACAUAACGAUGACUUUGGAGAGAUGCGAAAACCGAAUAUGUGAAACAAUGAAAUAAAGAUGAAGAUGGAUUCAUUAUAGAGUACUUUGGGGAUUUAGUUCAGUUUUAGUUGAUUUUGUGGUGUGACAGAAAAUACAGAUUUAGAAAGACAUGCAUUGCAUUCACACACGAGAAACAUGUAGGCCCUUGGCCCUAAAGAAUACUUCUCCUUCACAGAACUUAGUUAUUGCUAAGUAGGUGUGAAAUUCCAAAAGCUAUCCAACACCUAACAAGUACAAAAUGCUCCAACAAACUCUGACAUAAGGGAAUGAUUUGGCCAUAAGCUCUGCUCUGCUGAUGCGAGACAGCCACAGUUGUCGCCGUUUGGUUGAUAACUGCUCAUUUUUCUCACACUGGUUCUUGAUCACAGCUAGCAGUCGAAAGAAAAAUGCUUUACAACACCCACUUUCAUUUGAGCAACUGAUAACAUUGCAGUGCACGCCCAUUCAUACGCCUUUCUGAAAUGAUUUCUGCUUAAUUACGAUUUGCUUACUUGAAUUCACCCAUCCAAAAUGGCGACCGCUUCCUAAACCAGAAGGUGUGUGACGUCAGUCGAAAACUAUCUAUAAUCCGGUUGUUCAGUGUGAUGUAGGGAGUCCACUUCCACACCCAUGUGUUUUAGCUCUGAACAAUAUGGAAGAAGCCUUAACCCUUUUUCCUGUUACAAAUUUCUUUUUGAACAUCCUGGAAGGCGUCAGAAAGGGUUUAAACUCCUACAAGUCUUACCGGGUGAUUUGUGUGAAGAUCCAUGCCGGAGUUAUUCCUGGAAGUUUGCACGCUUCGAUGGAAAAACAAAAGCUACAAAAUCGAGGUAAGCUAAUGUGUUUACAUCACCGAAAGUGUAGGACAAUGCCAUGAGGUAAUCUUAUCUGUGCUGACAUAAAUUUUUUGUUCAAUGAUAUUGAUCCCAUUCGUGUGAAUAUGACAGUGUCUUGUCAUUUAUUCAUAUUUGUCUUGAACCUAUUCAGGUCUGUCUACAAGAAGAUUCGUGUAACUGCUUGCAACUUUGGUCGAGCAGUUGGACGCAACUCUUACCCUCCCUUGCUCUUUUUUGCGAGCACAAUUCAAUAUUAAUGAAGGAAUCAAGGUUAAAAAUUUGGAUAAUUUUUAUUUUCGCUAAACUCUAUGACAGAAAUGAUUAAUCAAAAUUGAGCAUAACUUUUACAGGCUGUGCACUGAGGGAUCCUUCAUGAAUCCUUCUUGAAGCUCUCUGGUGGUAUACUCGAAACUAUCUAAAAAGUACUUUUUCUUUGAAGGGAAAAUCUGAUUAGCUGUAACACCCACUUGCAAUUUAUCUUGCGGGUUCUUAAAUAGCGAUUACAUCAUCAGAUGACUUCAUGUGUGAUGUGAGUACACACACAUCACUGGCCAGCCUGGAUCUCCAGCAGGACUUGGACUUGCUCCAAGUGGUGUUCUUGGAGCUUCAUUGGAUGAAAUCUUUGCGGUCAAGUGGCCCUGGUCAGCCAGAAAUUUAACACUCACCCCAGCAAGCAGCUGAGAAGAAGGACUUUUAUUUGAACAGAGAUGAGGUUACUGGCUCAUUGAAACAAAAAGUGGACCCUGCUUACUGGCACCAAAUACAGGCUCAUCUGUACUUGGCGGGGUGUUACAAGUGUGACUUUUUAGUGUAGACCCUUAAGGGCACAGAAAUCUGUGAUUAGGGAUCCAUCCCGGGUUUGGAACCUGGAUGUACUUGACACAUUUUACAAAACUGUUGUCCGGUAAAAUGUUUUGGAAGAUUUGUAAAAAUGUUAGUAUGUGUGUGUGUUUAAGAAUCACAUGCUGAAUAUAUGUAUAUACCAGUUCUUUGGUUUUUUUUUUUUUUGUAUUGUUCUUUAUUUGUGCAAUCACACCUGAUGCUGUAAACCCAAAAAUAUUGGAUAAGAUUCAUUUGUCAGUUUUACACAAUAUACAAAAAUCGCUAAUAUAUUUUACAUAUCUUUCACUAUGGAUGAAUUUGUUGAAAUGAGGUAAAAAGAAAUCUUUGAAUCCAGUAAAUUUGCAUUUUUUUGUCCCCCAUGAAAUCAGCACUAAUACAAGUAUAUGAAGUAUUUCAAGGUUCACAAUAGAUAAUCAUCAACGUAAAAUACAACUAACCAUUGACAAUCAUUACAUGCAUGAAUAAAACCCAGGCUCCGACAUUAAAUCCUCUCACAUGUCCCCUAUAUUACAUUUGGCAAGGAUGUCAUAAAUUUACUGAUAUUAUGUGUAAGUUUGUGAACAGUACUAUAAUCGAAGCAUAUUACGACCAAAAACAAAAAGGGAUCAAGUCUUCUUAUCUGAAAAGACAUCAAAUAUUCUCUAAGAUGCAGUCAUUCAGACAUCACACAUUACAAACUGAUAUUCAUUGAUAUGGUUGUAAAUUAGAUAACCUGUCAUUGUGGUAAAUUUAAUACUGACACCAUCUAUAGCAUUUACCAAAGCCAACUUUUUAAACUCCCAACUUUGUCCGGAGAGACAAUUGUGUUUCGGGCCGGCCGUGGUACAUGUACCAGGCCAUGUACUUGGAUGAGUAACUAUAUGGGGAUAUUCGAAGUAAGUACGGUCGUACAAUGGUAUAGGCCUUUAGCAGGUAUAUGCUAUGUGAUUUAGUUAUCUUAUGAGCUGCAGCCACCUGUUUUUUUUUUCGAUGGGAAUCUGAAGAAAGAUCAAUCAGGGCAGGUUUCCUGUCCAUUUGUGCACAUUGGAACACAGCAAAUUGAGGCAUUUUGUUUGAGAACUUUCACAGAGAAGACCUUCAGGAAACACGUGUUCUUUGUUUGGGUCCGGAAGUAGAAUUAUCAUGUGACUCAUUACGUAGUGACUGAACAACCGGAUUCCAACGAGCGAAAAAAAAAAAAAAGCAGGUGAGUAAACCCCCCCCAAUCUUAUGAAUUUGUGGUGAAUCAUAAAUAUUACCAGCAUUACCUGAAAUCGGAUACAUUCAAGGUUUCAUCUACCAAAUAUUGUUAAUGUACCGAGGCAACGAAAUAUAUAUGUAUAAGAAUAUAUGAGAAAUACAUUGAAACUCCUCCAAUGUUGGAUGACUGGCUGCUGUGUGUUCAUGUGAAUUUAUCACUGGGAAGUCUGAAAUAUGAGUCUCGAACACUAAUUUUAAAGACCCUUGGUUGGUUACAAAUUUACCUCCGGCGGGGUUUGUGAGGUGAGAAAACAGACAUCCUGAUACUUUUAAUUAUGUAGCCUCAAAAUCAUCUUCAUUGUUCAUGAUCGGAACAACCACAGCAUUUGCAUCUGCCAAAAGGAUGCCGUGAAAAAUGAUCAAAUGCUUAAAAAAAAAAAGACUAAAGGGACACACUGUUGUUCAAAGUCUUCUAGCAUUUUGAGUUCUCAUCAAAGAACGGUACAAUGGAAAUUAAGACCAAAAAAAAAAACAUUGUCAUUGAAGACGCCUGCCUCCGAUCACAGUCAUGGGUUGUUGUUUUUCCUGCUUAAUGACAAUGUAGCUGAAGGAAAAUGAAUUCUUUGGUAAUACAUCCUCGAUUUAUGUGGGAGGGGACAAUAGACUUGUACUCUAUUGCAUUCACACUUUCAAAGAAAAUAAUACUCUGCUUUGAUAGGUAUGAUACCACGCGAAUCUACAACAAUUAUGACAUCGUUUUACAAAAUGAGAGUAUCUCUGUAUUUGAAAGAACGAUGGAUUGAGUCGGAUGAGAUGUGAAAAUUGUAUUUUUGGGAAAAAGUAAAACAUUCACUCCUGCAUUCCGACGCUUGCAUUAUUCUUUUCAAAUUACAUCCAUAAGCUGUUUGUUUGUAAAUGAAAAUUAUGUUACAUGUGUUGGUAAACUCGGACUUUUACUCAGUUGCUUCCUAUAGUAAGACAUCCGUGUGUGCAGGCACACAGGAUCACUCGGAUCAAUAAGCAUACACACAGACACGCAUACAAUAGUUAUCUGAUUUUUUUUUCCGCUUUAGAGAGAUGACACCUCCUAUCCAAGGAAACCAUUUGACGAUUGCGAGUGACGUCACCUCUGACUCCGGGGGAUGAUGCUAUUCAAGAACCCCCAAUCCUUGGAAUUCAAGGUACCAAGCUUUGACGGAAUUGCAUUUUCCCCAUCUGGAUCCUCCUUGUAGAAACAAAGCUCUGCCGCUUCAUGAAAGAACCUGUAGCCCCAAGAACAAAGGCGGAGUUCAGAAUCCAGCUCCCAUGUAGUGUUUCUGCCAGAGGUUGUUGAAUCCUUCGCAAAUAUAUUCUCGAUUUGGGCAGGGCACCCGGACCUGAUCCCUGGAUAAUAGAGCGAGAGGGAGACCAAAGAGAAGGUUGAUGGAUGUUAUGAGGGAAGACAUGAGGGCAGUUGGUCUUGAAGAGGAAGAUUCAGGAGAUACGCUAAGAUGAAAAAAGAUGACACACUGUGGCGACCCCUAACGGGACAAACUGAAAGAAAAAAAAGAAGAAGAGUUAGACCCACUACACGAACACACCUAGCACAAAGUUUUUCAGUGGAUUUCUAAAAAUAAAUCGGACGUGGUCCAUUUUUCAUUAAGAAAUAUACACGCUGUAUCUACUUUUCUCCAUUUGGAUAGUGACAUUUUUGGGAAGGGGUAGGGACCAGGGUAAAAACAAAGUCGUAACAAACAGCAGAUGGCGCAUUGAUGCAGUCUGCUGUGUUGGGUCUGUCUCAGUGAAAGACUGACUGCUGUUGUCUUCUUCUCUGAUCAAAAAAACGUUAUCUUCUACCCUGAUCAAAACAUUGUGUACCUGAAGUAAGAAUAAUUUUAUUGUGUUGUUUUUCCAUAAUUAAAAGAUGUUUCGCAAUAGCUUUGUAUAACCUAAAAGACGAUCGCAAUAGCUUUGAAUAACCAGCAAUGUCAUAAAAAGAUGUUUUUGUGUUAUACGAUGUCGUGCAACGCCAUUUGUUGGUAACAAAGAAUAGUGUGGCGUCAGGCGGGAUGAAUUGGCCACUCACCCCUCCUUCCGCACACGCUUAGAGUAUAAAAGGAGAACUUUAGAUACUCUCGGUAGAGUCUGCUGCGGGUUGCGUACGGAUGCCCAGCCGGUAUUGAAGCUGCUCUCUACCUGGAGUGUUGGCUCUCCCUCCUAUUGGCGCACGUGGUAACCAUAUCUGUUGCAGCUUGGUGGGUGCUUGUUGAAGUGGGAGCUGUUGAUUGGACGACCCUCGACGGGAGGACGCAGAGAUGGAAGACAUCCGGCGCCAAGGAAUUGGAAAUGACUGGGUCAUCUGCCUCCUUGCCGUUGGUGCCAUGGUCCGACCCUCGUGGGGAAUGACCGAAGGUCAUGUGUGCGAGACAAGCCAGUUCAUCGGGAUGAGAUGGAGAAUCUCGGUCAACAUCCCCUGUGAUCUUCCCAUGAUGAUCCACCACGAGAGUGAUACGGGGGAGUAAGGUGACAGUCUCCGCUUCCUGCGUCAUGUGUAUGUGGGAUUUGGACGAAUGGAAAUAUUGGGGGUGUCAAGCUGAUCAUCGAAGAAACAAUGACGCCAAAAAUAACUCAAACACACUUGACUCCAAUCCUUGACACCUGUACACACCUAGCUCAAGCAGUGGUUGAAACCAAGAUAUACUGGACAAUUCACUUUCCCCCGAUUCCGAUAUGUAAUAGAAUAAAAAGGGCAUGGUAUGAUACUUUGUUGGGGGGAACGGGAACCGUAUUGGGAUUGGCAAAUACUGCUGAUAAUGAGGUAACUAGGACCAUGCUGUCCAAUACUGGAGAACACUCUGCCAGGGCCUUGCAUCAAAUAGGGGUUUGGCUUCCUAAAGCUCUGGUGGGACAAAAAGAAAAUGCAAAACUUUGGAAAACAGUGUUUAAUUGGGAUAUCAAAUUAUGGGACGAAGCAGAGAAAGUGCUUCAGAACUUGACAGAACAGAGUAGCUGGACAGUAUGUAGUAUUCAAACUCUACACGCUGCGGCUCAAAAGGAGUCGUUUCUAAGGAUAGUUACGUCGGGAAAUUAUCAAGAGUGGCGGAAGGUUUGGAACAUUUCUGACUCUUUGUGGUUGACAUUACAUCCCGAACACACCAAAUGUAACAAAAAUAAAUGUACGGGGUAUUGGACCCAGUACAACGUGACGACAACAAAGGUGGUUUGUAAAUAUCAGGUUUUGCCUGUUAUAACGACAAGUGGAUAUUGGUUUUUACACAUGGACGGAGAGUGGUUUGAACCAAAAACCAACAAAACCUUUAAAUCAGAUUUAUGUGAUUUAACAGACCAAGGGUUGGCUUGCAGAUUACAACAUGCGUACUCGAAUCCGUGCCUAACCGACUCAGAGGUUGUACUUUGUGAUUGGACUAGGGAGCCAGCCAGAGAGAUGAUGUGGCAAGUUGGACCGCAUACUCUCUGUGUGGCUACAACACAAAAUAACUCACAAGUACCUUCGGUUCUUUUUGUAGGAUGCCUUCAAGAUGUACACAUAUGGCGCUGGGGAAACAUGACGUAUCGUUUGACUAACUAUUCGGAGUCCCGCAGGUUGACUGCGGUCCAGUGGGAGGUACUACGCUCCCCCUGGUCAGUGUCUCUGGAACGAUUCAAAUGCGCAUUGGAGAGUUCUACAGACAUCCAAAAACUCAUCAAGUCACAUGCCUCUAACAUUUCCAGUCUCAUGGUGUCAACUAUGGUAGUAAAAGGGGAAGUAGUGCAUGCCGCUAAAUUAGUCUCAUCAUUGGUGGGACAUCUUCACAGGAAUGUCCUCCACUGCGCGUACUACUUUCUUGCCACCCUUGAUCGUGUUAAUGAUUAUUUGUGUGCUUACGCUAUGCAAUAUGGGAACUUGCUAUUAUGUGCGACGCAUCCGGCUUGAGGUAGAGAAGGAAAUAUAUAAUCGCCUAUAAUCAAUUGCUUACAUUUUGAAUGAUGGAAAAACAUCAAGAGUGGAAUGAAGUAAGAAUAAUUUUAUUGUGUUGUUUUUCCAUAAUUAAAAGAUGUUUCGCAAUAGCUUCGUAUAUGUUUCGCAACAGCUUUGUAUAACCUAAAAGACGAUCGCAAUAGCUUUGAAUAACCAGCAAUGUCAUAAAAAGAUGUUUUUGUGUUAUAUGAUGUCGUGCAACGCCAUUUGUUGGUAACAAAGAAUAGUGUGGCGUCAGGCGGGAUGAAUUGGCCACUCACCCCUCCUUCCGCACACGCUUAGAGUAUAAAAGGAGAACUUUAGAUACUCUCGGUAGAGUCUGCUGCGGGUUGCGUACGGAUGCCCAGCCGGUAUUGAAGCUGCUCUCUACCUGGAGUGUUGGCUCUCCCUCCUAUUGGCGCACGGUAAGAGCUGGAUAUUCUUCUAAGAGCUGAUUGGAUAUUACUUAGCUUCAUACCACGUGAUUUGUGCUUGUGCUUGUGUUACCAUUUCUGUGUGGGACCAAUAAAGUGCCAAUUGUUGGUAGCCAGAAGUGUGUCUUGUCUUCAUUUCUGAGUGCCUAUCUCCGACGAACCUAUUAAAAUUUGAUACCGAACUCCUGAGCGAGGUAUCAGAAAUGUUUUAAAACAGUACCCUAGCGGAUAAUUGAUGAAUUGCUGUCAGGUUCACCAAUCAGACAUUCAUUAAAGAGGACAAAAAGGAAGCAAAGACACCAGUUCAAGUCUCACGAGGAGAGAGGAGAGGAACUGUCUCGUACAAUUCACCACUGCACUCUCUGAUUAUCCUCUCCUCAGCACCUCUAUUUUUAGUUUUAAGACGCCCCUUAUUUACAUGGAUGUUACAAAAGGGAGACGGCAAGCAAAAAAGUUGGAAACAAGGUAUACAUGUUUGUUCAUGUGCGUGUGCAUGUGUGGAAGAUUGAUGAAUACAUGUGUGGUCAUCUUUUCUUUAACAGGCGGCAGUUCUAACAGUUCUGAUGAUUAGAUGUUUUUGUGUGGAUUCCUAUUUUGUAAGAUAUUUAAGUGUCCUCCCAGUAAUUCCUUUUUUUAUGUUUACUUCUAUAUUUCCUGUCAGAGAGGGAAUUAAGCCUAGUCCUAGUUUCAGCAAGCCAUCUCUUCCCAACAAAUGUAUCGGACAAAUUAAAAAGUUGCAUUUUGUGAGCAUUAGUUGGGACAUUUUUGAUGGGGAGAUGACUGCUCUCUUCCUCAUCUGCGGCCACAAUUAUUAAAUGUUUUGCAUAAAGCUCCAUAAAUUUCUCCUUCCUCUGUCAGAAAGGUGUCAACUUUCUUUUUCUUAUUUUGUAGCACUCUUUCUGCGUGUAGUGCUUGGUUAACCUGUUGUUACAGGCUGCCAGUCGGUUUAUAAACCCAAUGUUUUUCAAUCCGUUGUUUUGUAGGAUUAUUUGAAUUCGCAUGAAGGGCAUUUUUUAAUUGCCCUUGAUACACACUCCCUGGAGUGUGAUCUUCAGGAAUGCCACUGUUUGCUUUAAAACAUGGAGUCAUUCCAAUUGUAUAUUCUUCGAAUAGUUCAUUGUUGUUUUAUUUUGCUCUUCCAAUUUUUUCUAAAUCUCGCAGAAGUGUGCAACAUUAACCCUUGAACUCCCUGCUGCUGUGAGAAAGUACUUUGCUGUCAUCCAAAUUUGUUGUACUUCCACACCAUUUAACUGGUAAGAUUUUCUCAAGUAUUCCGUUCCCUGGACGAAUUAUGUUACAUCAACUUUAUGAGA